GUCGCCACUGCAAUGCGGGAAGUUGCAGGCCUGGCUGUUUGGCUGGCGUCACUGACGUCGGCUGCGGCUGAGGGCACCACCUCGGAGCCCUUCAACUGCGACUGGGGGCGACACAACUGGCACAUGGGUUGGUCGAACCCCAAGAAGAUCUACUGCUGUCAGCACCACCAGAUCGGCUGCGAGGACCACGCCCCUGCGCAGAUCGUGAAGGGCACCUCGGAGCCCUUCAACUGCGACUGGGGGCGACACAACUGGCACAUGGGUUGGUCGAACCCCAAGAAGAUCUACUGCUGUCAGCACCACCAGAUCGGCUGCGAGGACCACGCCCCUGCGCAGAUCGUGAAGGGCACCUCGGAGCCCUUCAACUGCGACUGGGGGCGACACAACUGGCACAUGGGUUGGUCGAACCCCAAGAAGAUCUACUGCUGUCAGCACCACCAGAUCGGCUGCGAGGACCACGCCCCUGCGCAGCUCGUGAAGGAGCCGGCCUCCAAUAGCAGCCACGCCAUCCCUCCCUGGUGGGUGGUGGCUGGCGUCCACCCCGAUGGCCCCGAGACGGACUAUGGCCCUUACCGCAUGGCUGGCUUUUCUGUGGCGCAACAGCGACAGUUUGGCGUCGAUGCCACAGGACACGUGCAGAACUGGCACCGCUUCACCGCGGCCACACGCUCGCUGAAGCCCUGCAUCGAUCCGAAGCAACAGCAGAUGGGACUCAACCAGAAGGAGAUGAUGCACCUGCUGGGCGACGUGCUCACCGAUGCCUGGAAGGAGCUGAGGAAAGACGACCCCGCGUUGCAAGACUGGACUCGCCUGAGAAGCAACUGUCAAGAGCAGUGCAUGGCUCAUGUGCUGAGUUGGAGCCUGCGAACUCUCUGGGCCACCGGAGAGCUGUUGUCUCAGGGCGGCGGCGCCAGCUUCGGGUCCGUGCUGGCCGAUGCGGUGCGCACCUGUUAUCCAGGUUUCCGCACCUUGCGAGCGGAUGAAGUGGCCCACAAGGUGUCGAAGUUGGUCUCCAAAGCCCUGGAGGAGCGACUGCCCAUUGCGGCGGCCAGUGGUGACUUUGCGAGUCGUCGCUUGGCCUACAACCAGGGGCCCAGCUGCUUGGAGCCUGGGCAAGAUGAGGAGCAGCGGCAGCAGUUCGCCACCCAACUGGAAAUGGCCGUGGAGCAGGCGGUGAAAACGGCCGUCUCCAAGAGCUGGGGCACCAUGGAGCAAUCCGCGCGGCCCUGCCAGCAGACCUGCCGCCGUGCGGUGGUGCGCCAGGCCGCAGAGAUGUUGUGGGACGCCGGUUUGCUGGCGCGAGGAAAUGCAGACAUGCUGGUGAUGACAUCUGUUGAGGGUGCCCUGGCGGCCUGCCUGGUGAAUUUGCCCAAAGAUGCGGCGGAAGCCUUGGCCGGCGAGGCCAUGCUGCACAUGAGACCUCCGACUGACGAUGCCCAACCUAGGGCCUUGGCGGGCGGCUUGCCGAGUGAGGGUGACGUCUUGGUGUGA